UAUUUGAAAUAUACAUCAAUUAUUAAUUAGCAGUAGUGAAAGUUCCUCAAUUAACUGCAAAUGGCUAGAUGUGUGGCCCUCUUUGGGAUUGUGUUGCUAAUGCUUAUAGCAAUGGCAGAGGCAACUCCCCCUGGAAUAGCUGACCAUCCAAGCCAUUCUCAUUGCUCAGAUGAUGAAAUCAAGCAAUGUAAAAAUCUUCCACAUGUUUGUCCCAAAUUUGGUCCUAAUGGCUGCAUAACUGAGUGUUGUUCUUGCAAGCCUAUCUGUGUUGAUGGCUCAGUGCCACCACCCUAUUAUCCACCACCGUCAUCUCCACCACCACCGUCAUCUCCACCACCACCAUCUCCACCACCACCUCGACCACCUUCAUCUCCCCCACUGUCACAGGGGUGUUUUAUGCUCCACAAAAACAGCCUCCGCGGCAGCCAAGUCUUGACUUGACUUCAGCCUGUUUCAACACUCGGCCAAAAUUCUGCAACUUUGGACAUAGAUUUAUUUAGGCAGCUUUCAACGUAGUAAGUAGACACUGAUUUUAGGCAACGGAAAAUCGAAUGAAGGGACAGAAAAUUAAAGUGAACAAAAGGCACAAUAUACAGAAAACUCUUUCCCAACUUUGUAUUUAACUCGAGAAUACAAAGAAAACUCAAAGCUCAAAGUACAUCCGCGUACAAAAUGAAGAUCACUCUUGACCCUCACAAGACUACUCUUAGCCUUAGGUUGUUUUCACUCUUGAAAACAAGUUUAGGACUCCUUCCUAACUCAAACAUGCACUCUACACGUUUUUUCACUCUUGUCCCAAAAAGGAAAGGGUGCUGUCCAUUUAUAACAUAUGAACCAGCCCCAUUUACACAAUAGUUGCCUAUAUUUAGGCUUAGGCACUUGCUUACUCAGCCCACUACUUUAGCUUAGUGUAGUUGACACCCCCAACUACUAGGAUCAUGUAAAUCAUGCUAAAGACAAUGAGAUCAUGACCCUCAAAAACGUGCUAACUCCUGCCAGCUUUUUGGACAAGACUCAACUGCUGCCCAUGUGCACAACAUGUGCCGAUAACCGCCUUUGACUUUGUCAAUCCAAGACUUGCUGCCCAAUUUUGUGCCAUGGCUUGGACCAGGCGCCAAUGCCAUUGUAU